UAAAUGAGAGGAGGACACACGAAAACUUCCAUAGACCUCCGUACUAGCGUAUAAAAACUCUGACGCCCAUUUUCUCAACGAUCGUAAAAAGGCGCACCGUAUUGAAUUGAAAAUCCACCUCAGCUCCACCCUCCACAUCUCAGCCUGAGUGAAAGAGGAAAAAAAAUUAAGAAAUUCUCUGAAUUUUUUUUAUUUUUUUUUUUUUAAUUUCAUGGAAGUUUUGGUGAUUAAUCGACGAUUGCAUCUACCUCGAUCCAUUUCCUGGUCGGAAUAAUUUUCCUCUUUUUUCGCGUUUUCGUUCGAGUUAGGAGGUUGAUUUUUUUUUUUUUUUUUUUUUGGGGUUCGAGAAUCAGUCGAUUUGGCGUUGCAAUGCGAGCUGAUUUUGGUUGAAUUACUGAAUUUUUGUUUGGGAUUUAAGGUGGGAGAACCCUGAGUUUUUGAAAUUUAUCUCAGCUUCACCGGAUAUGCGAAAGAUACUGAUAUGAAUAGGGAAGAGUUGGGCAAUAUCAUGACUGUCAGGACAAGACCAGCUGCUCUAGCUGUUGGAAGAAGUAAUGGCCACUGGGAUGAUGAUGGGCAAUCUAGAAUCGAACCACACGCGGGUUUGGAGUUCGAUUCAGCUGAAGAGGCGCAGGAGUUUUACAAUUCAUAUGCAACGCAAGUAGGUUUCAAAGUUAGAAUCGGACAGCUGUACAGAUCAAGAGUUGACGGGUCCGUGAUUUCCCGGAGAUUCGUGUGUUCAAAGGAGGGAUUUCAAACAAACUCAAGAACUGGUUGUCCAGCUUUCAUAAGAGUGCAAAAGGCCGAUUCUGGGAAGUGGGCCAUAGCCAAUAUAAAAAAAGAACACAAUCAUGAAUUCGAAACCUCGGGAGAAAUUUGUCCACCAAAGAUACAGAGGAAAAGUUUCCCUACUCCAAGAUCUUCGUCUGGUGGGGCCAGUCGAACAGGAAUCAGAACUCAUGACGAUGAUAGUCCAUCUGGGGUCGUUGAUAUGAAGCGUCUCAAAAAGGAAGAGAUGGAUGGAAUGAUAGGACCAAUUGGUGAACCUUACAAAGGACUUGAAUUCAAUUCUGCCAACGAAGCGUACAAAUUCUACUACGCGUACGCAUCUAAUAUGGGUUUCAGGAUUAGGAUAGGUCAGUUGUUCCGUUCGAAGCACGACGGAUCAAUUACAUCUCGGAGAUUCGUGUGCUCCAAGGAAGGGCACCAGCACCCUUCGAGAGUUGGCUGUGGAGCGUAUAUGAGAAUACAAAGGCAAGAAUCGGGAAGGUGGGUGGUGGAUCGUCUUCAGAAGGAGCACAGUCACGAAGUGGACGCUCGGGCAGACAAUAGUAGAACUGUGACUGUGGCUUCAACGGGGUAUAGAGAGGAAGGAAGCAGUGUCUUGGAGAAUUUGGAUUUAGUGGAAACGAAUGGAGGCUUAAGCCUCGUCAAACGAGUUCGAGAAAGCAACAUUAAUGGUGACUGGUACAGUGUGCUGCUUGAGUACUUCCAGUCCAGGCAAGCAGAAGACACGGGAUUCUUUUACGGAGUAGAAAUGCGCGAGGGUAAAGGCAUGAACAUGUUUUGGGCGGAUGCACGGUCUAGAUUUUCGUGCACUCAGUUCGGAGAUGCGAUUGUGUUCGAUACAACAUACAGGAGGGGUAGUUAUCUGGUGCCGUUUGCUUCUUUUUUAGGGGUUAAUCAUCAUCGCCAGCCUGUACUUCUUGGCUGUGCACUGGUGGCCGAUGAAUCGGAGGCGUCGUUUACUUGGAUAUUUCAGGCAUGGGUUAGGGCAAUGUCGGGCCACCGCCCCGUGUCUAUAAUAGCCGAUCAGGACAGGCCCAUUCAAAACGCCAUUGCUCAAGUUUUUCCAGCGACACAUCAUCGGUUUUCCACCUGGCAGAUUCUGGCUAAAGAACAGGAGAAUUUGGGUGCGUUACUCUCCAUGGAUGCUGAGUUCAAAUACGAGUACGAGACUUGCAUUUUCCAGAGCCAAACAGCUAGCGAAUUCGAUUCUGCUUGGAAUAUGCUCAUGAACAAAUACAACUUGAGAGAGAAUGUUUGGUUCAAGGAGAUGUAUAGAAUGCGUAAAAGCUGGAUACCCUUGCACAUAAAAGGAACAUUCUUUGCUGGCAUACCUGUAGACGGAGGUUUAAAGUCGUAUUUCAGUACACUUUUAACCGCCCAAACGCCUCUUAACGAAUUUGUCGCACGAUACGAAAAAGCUCUGGAACAGAGGCGCGAAGAGGAAAAAAAGGAGGAUUUCAACUCUUUCAAUUUGCAGGCAGUUCUGCACACAAAAGACCCUAUAGAAGAACAAUGCAGAAGGCUCUACACAAUCACAAUGUUCAAGGUUUUCCAAAAGGAGCUUUUGGAGUGCUACAGUUACGUUGGAAUAAAGAUAAACGUCGAAGGAGCCAUUAGUAGAUACCUUGUGCAGAAAUGUGGGAACGGUGACGAGAGAAAUACUGUAGCUUUUAAUGCGUCGAAUCUGAAUAUAAGCUGCAGUUGUAAAAUGUUCGAGUUCGAAGGUGUUCUUUGUAGGCACGCACUGAAGGUGUUCCAGAUAAUGAACAUAAGGGAGCUUCCGUCUCGAUAUAUAUUGCAUCGGUGGAGCAAAAACGCUAAAUACGGUAUACUUAGAGAUGCUGAUUCGGGUGGUAGUGGUCAAGAUUUUAAGGCGUUGAUGCUUUGGAGUUUGAGAGAAGAGGCACAGAAUUAUAUCGAAGCAGGCGCUGCUUCGUUGGAAAGGUACAAACUUGCCUUCGAAAUCAUGCAGGAGGGUAGAAGGAAUCUGUGUUGGCAAAAUUAGGACAAUAAUACCCCCAGAAAAAAGAGAGAUUAUUAUAUGUUUAGAGAUGUAAUUUUCCUUGUAAUUUUUAUUCUGAUUCGAGGGCAUACAAGUAAUUUCUGGUUCGCCUGUUUUCGUACCAGUUUCAACCAUGUAAUUAUAAACAGCAUCACUUCACUUUUUUUUCUUUCUUUUUUUCUUCAACUGUAUCAGAGAGAGCUGAGUGUUGGCUCCAAUUGUAGUUGUUAUGAAAUGAAACUCGCUCCGGUUGUAGUUGUUUUAUCAGUUUAA